UCCACAUCUUCCUAGCCAUCCUUUGCAGACAAUCGUGAAAAAGUACCCUUGAACAUGUAUACGGAAAUGUAGAAGAGUGGUUUGUCUAAAAAUAUCUCAUAUCAAAAUUUGCGAGGCCCUCUUAACAUAAUACAAAUCUUGUAUAAAUGCAAUGGCUUGCUCUCCACAUGGCUGUUUUUCGGGAGUGUCGGUCUCUUCGAUAGUCUCUCUGCAUCUCAUCUGCACAUUGACCUGCUGACUAUGUACUUUCCAAGACUGUUCGGACUGCUCUCCGCCAUCUGUCUUGGGAGCAGAGGGACUGUGUCUGAUCCAUUACAACCUCAGAGACGUCAAGAUGGGACAUCUGGUCGACAUUCCAGAUGUAGUCUCUCCGGCAAAAGCCCACUCGACAUCUGUGACAUGUCCACCGCAACGCUUGAAGUAGCCCUAUAUGAAAAAAGGAAUGUCAGGAGGGAUGGCGUUGGGACUACGCCAACCGAGCUAAAAAUGCCGGACAUCAAACCGAUUAAUACGUUCCCCAUGCCAGGUAACAAGCUUAGCACAACAAAAGUCUCUUCGGCCCAGACAAUACCCCCGGAUAUAAAGCCUAUCAACACAUUGAAAAUGCCCAGUAUUACCAUAGAUACUACCAACAUCCAUUCAACUACAAAGUCUUCACUUUUAAAUUCAUCAUUGGUCAGUCCCACAAGUGCUCAUCGUGCCACUACACUGAAAAACUCUACCGAUGCGAGAAGUACGAGUAGCUCUACUGUUACCAAAGGCACGCCUGCCAACUCAACACUCCCGGGCGUUGUCCCCAUUCCUAUCACCACAGGGAAAACCACGGAGGAACACCCUACUAGCACACACCAUACCAGUGAGAAGUCUACGGGCAGCGUAACCGGUACUAUUAUAUCUCACCCAUCUGCUCUGACGGCUUCCAGCACAGUGUCCAGCAGAUCAUCAACAACCGCCCCGCCUGUUAUGCUCACAUUGCCCCCUGCAGCUGCAUUUGUUCCACUGACCGAUUAUACUGCCACUACACCGGCAUAUAUCACGACAACUUCACCCGGGGGGAACAGUCCAACCGUAGUACCAAUCAUCAUUCCUUUCAUAGGGCCACCACAGAUAUGCUUUAACUGUUUUAAUAUAUUUCCACCUAAUAUUCAGAUUGAUACCCCAAAGUUCUGUGUGCAGUUAUUCAAGUUGAGAAAUGGUAACUGUCCGUUGGAUGAGAUACAAACUAAUAAGAACGAAAAGAACGACAAUGACGAUAACAAGGAUGAUAAAGAUAAAGAUAAGGAUAAAGAUGACAAGGAGGACAGCAAGGACAAUAAGAAGGAUGACAAGAAAGGCGAAGUCAAGUCAAUUCAGACUGACAUGCCAACUGCAACUAGCAAGCCGACCGUAACCGAAAAACCAACAUCAACUAAGGACUCCACCAAAGAAAGCUGCGAUACAACUAGCACAGCAUUCCACAAAAGCAUCACUUGUAUCAAAACGGCCACGAACCAGGCCAGUCUCUCGUGCUCCACGAAAACGUAUAGCACGGUGACUGGCUGUAGAGCAACCGGCUCAUCGACAACAGUAACAGGAUCUUACGAGACCUUGGACGCUGUGCCAUGCUCACCCGAAACCUGCGGCGGGGGGAAAUGCCCCGUGCCAGCAUUGGCCCUGCGGCCGCGAAAGAACAAGCCCCGCAGAACUGAUAAAUACUCGAUAUUCAAGCGCAACGCCAAUGAUCAAGGCGACUGGGUCGAGCCCAGCCAGUAUCCAUCACACACGGAGUUUAUAGCUGGCGAGGUUAAGGCGGCGCACUUUUCCACCUCUCCGCGAUAUCAAGUUGUCAAAUGGCCUGACGAAACCGACUUUCCGACCUCAGUAACGGUAGUUUUUGGUGAUGAGCCUGUUACGCUAGCCUUGGAAAAACUGUUUGGGUGCACCGGGGUAAUUGUAGUCUCGACUAGAGGGGUGUGGAUGAUGCAUAUAUGGGAGUACUUAUUUACCAAGACCACAGACGCGGAGUUCAAAGAAAAGGUCCUCGACAGACUUAGCAAUGGGCUGCCCAAAGAUUUUAACGCCGAUGAGUACCACAAAUAUAACCUUUUAGAUUUGGUCGAAAACCAAAAUCUACCGGAAGAGUUGGGCUUCAUGUUUGGCGAAGAGGGCGAGGUUCCGGAUACACGUAUUUUCCUUUUCGCGCCGUGGAAACGACUCGGAGACAAAAAAUUCGUAGAUGUACAAACUAAAGACAUCAAGUACUAUGCAGACAAAGACAACAUCCCCAUACCUGAAGAAGAAUUAUAUUCCGAAAAUGCGAAUCAGGGCAACUUCAACGCCGACGACAAACUAGACAAAUUGAGCGACAGACUGGAAUAUUUGCUAGGAGUAGAGGAUGAGAUGCGUGAUCCGAUCACCGACUUUGUCGGCUAUGCUCCACGAACGCUCCCUAUCAGCGUAAUUAAUAGGAAGCCCCCAAUUAGCCAAGAUGAAGCACGGGAAUUUUUAGAUGAUCGGAAUUACAAAUCGCAUCGUGGGAAGGUGCUUCUGCAGUACCAGCCGGCAAAAUGCGAUGGCAGGAAGGCGUCGUGGCGCUUGUGGAUUGAGGGCCGUGAGCUCGGUGAGCGACAUUUCUCAUGGGAUGCGCCGAUGAAACAGACAUGGAAACCUCGACAGGGCCGACGCGCAGAGGAAGGUGAGGCUUGUCCUGCGAAAAUAAGCCAGACAGCCUCCAAGGCUACCACAUCUAGUCAGACGAGCAAGACCACCACAGCUAGCAAUACUAGCAAGGUCAUCACAACUAGUCAUAGUAGUAAACCUACCUUAGCCAGCGAUACUAGCAAGGCGACGACAACUAGUCAUAGUAGUAAGACUACUAUAGCCAGCCACAGCAGCGCAGACAGCAAGACCGCUAAGACUAGUGCUACGAGUACAACCAGCAAGAAGACUGGCGAAAGCCCAGCAGCUACCAGUACCGCAGACCCUACUGGGGUGCACGCUGCUCCUUGCGACCAGGAACAGUGCUCCAAAAAGGCAUGUCCUAAUGGAGGGCACGCCAGCUGCCUAGUACUCAACCGUCUUCCCAAUGGCGGAGGAUUCCAGAAAAUCUGUUCCUGUCCUCAACCCGAGUACACCAAAGGCUCGUGCAAGGCCAGCAUCUGGGAGCAAUCGGCAGGACCGCUCGACGGCGUGACGGCCAAGGUGACAUUGUUCGACGGCGGGGGCCACAACCUUACCUACCAAGAAACCGAUGGCAGGGAGGCUUGGAAUAAAGCCAUGUCCUUCAUCCCCCAGAAAACAAAGCUGCCGAAGAACUUGGAUAUCGUUUUCACCAAUACCCUGCCAAAGGGCGUAAAAGCGGAACCGUGCCAAAUGGGAGACCUGGAUUGCUCUCCAUCGAGAUAUAAAGACUGGAUCAUCAAACUCACGUAUGAUGGCAUUGCUUGGGACAGUACAGAAACUGACACGAAAAAGCCGCGGUAUUGUACCAGUAAUGGCUGGGUAAAGCAAAAUUCAUUGCCGUUUCGCAAUGUGGACUGUCAUUUCCCUUGUUAAAGAUAGGGGGUUAAUAUGAAAUAGCUUAGGCCAAUAUAAUGUAGACUCAUAGAAAUCAUUGAACGAACAUUAACAUAGAAGUUGGUUUGAAGUUGGUCUACGUGAUGCAUACUACUAGUAGUACAUUUAAACAUGUUGUGAUUCUUUGAGCAUAUAUCGCAAUAGCCAGU